AACGAACGGACGGAGUGAAGGGGCCCCUCGGGGCCCGAGGCCAAGACAACUUGCCAAUGAGCGGGAAUCUAAGUUCAGUAGUCAGUUGGUACUGAGACCAGACAUGAGCUGUCGUAUAGGAGUGACCUUAUUGGCCCUAACGGGCCUCAUCUCUGCCGCCAUGGGGGCAGCGCUGUCGGGCGCUCCUCCUUGCCCAGAACAGCAUGGUGUCCAGGCGUACGCACACCCCGAGGAUUGCGGUGCGUUCUUCCUCUGCGUAAAUGGAACGCUGUCCCUGGAACAUUGCGAAAACGGACUUCUCUUCGACGGUCAUGGAGCCGUGCACAACCACUGCAACUACCACUGGGCCGUUCAUUGCGGAGAACGCAAGGCUGACCUGACUCCGAUCAGCUCCCCGGGAUGCGAACACCAGUUUGGCCUCUACCCAGACAGCGACUCCUGCAGCACCACCUACAUCAAGUGCACCCACGGCACUCCCCUGUCUUCGCAAUGCGACCCCGGCUUGGCCUACGACCCCAAGAGCCACGCCUGCGUUUGGCCUGACCAACUUCUGCCCUACUGCAACCCUGAAGCCAUCGUUGGCUUCAAAUGCCCACAGAAAAUUCCUGCCCGUACCGCUGCUGCUAAAUUCUGGCCCUUCCCGAGAUUCGCUGUACCCGGAGACUGUGGCCGACUUAUAACCUGCGUCGAGGGCCAUCCUCGUCUGAUUACUUGCGGCGAUGGAAAACUUUUCGACGCUGAGAGCCUUGCCUGCUUAGAUCCUGAAGAAGGUCCUAAAUGUGCCAACCACUUGAAGUAGACGAAAAUUCGCUACUGCAACAGUGCCGGAAUAACAUUUUUACGAACAUCUUUAGUAUAACGGAGUUUCAUUUUAUGAACAAAUCUUAAAAUUCUGUGAAAUCUUGAUAUGAACAUAAUUCGCAAAAAAAAAACUUGUGCAAACAGCAUUAAUGUACCGCGAUUUGCGAGAAACAACCUUUGCCUUCCGUCAUCCUAUCUGACAUUUGAUCGCAUACCCAUAAAUGCGGUUAUUUGCCUGUUAUACACAGACAAGUGUGUAGAAAAAAACCAUACCAAUCUUAUUACACAGUUAACUAGAAAUAGAAACUUCGUAUGCACAAAGAUGUUUGUGAGAAAAAAGUUAGGGGAAGAUGUCGGCUGAAGAAUGCCGAAAAGAUCGCAACGUUUCCAAAAUUUGUUGGCUGUUAGAACAUUCAAUAAUACCUAUGUAACUUAAAAUCUAUCCCCGAGCUAGUAUCUCUCAUGUCUCUUAUGAUGUACCACUGUAAUAAAUGAGCUGUCCAAAGCUAAAAUGGCGCGUGAAAAAAUAUUGUAUCUGUUUAUCAAUAUGGGUACUGAGAUUGAAUUGCGCCAUUUUCGUUUUCAAACAGCUCGUGUGAAAAUUAACACAAACGACAAGAUAUAUAUAUAUACAUAAAUAAA